CUGGGAGGACACACAAUGAAGGCAUCAGACUGCGAGAGCGCGCGUGCGCGUCCACGACAACAAGUUUUCACUUCAGCGGGUGGAUCGGUUAUCCUUUCACUGAAAUGAAGAGGAAACAAAAGCGAGCGAGAUGUUGAAUUAAAACGUUUAUUUCUCUUUUGGACUACUUUCACACCAGGCUAUGCUUGUGAAUCUUUGAACUGUGAGCUUGGAAAGAUGUUAACGCCCAUGUAGACCCCACACCCUCUUACCUAUGCUCAUCAACCUGACUCUCGGCGUCAAGGAAUCUCGUGCCUUUCAUGGAACAGUGCCUCCUCUCCCGGCCGACCCUGCGCCCGUGCAAGUGAGAGUCAUGGAUUCAUGCACGGUGGCGGGGCCUGUCACGGCACCCCCGCCGCCGCCGCCACCUCCACCUCCCCCGCCACCACCACCCGCUUCCUCCUCGCCAGUGAGCCGGACUGACAGCGCUCGUCGAAGCCGACUGAGGAAACUCAAUUGGGAGCGUAUCCCCAAAGAGAAGGUAGAGGGACGAAAGAGCGUUUGGAGGCAGCCAGGCAGCGAGGAUGAGUUCCCCAUAGAUUUGCACUCUCUGGAUGAGCUUUUUGGCCAGAAGGACAGUAAGACUCAGGACAGGAGCGCCACGCUGAGACGACGGUCUGCUCUGUUACGUUGCAGAACUCCCCAAGACAGUCCAGAGGAGAUCUCGCUACUUGACUCCAAACGCAGUAUGAACAUUGGGAUAUUUCUUCGCCAGUUCAAAAUGCCGGCUAAAGAGAUAGUUGAAGAUAUCAGGCAUGGGGCUGGGGACCGUUACGGAGCAGAGAGGCUCACAGAGCUCUGCAAGCUGCUCCCCGAUAAUGAGGAGGAGUCUCGCCUGAGGAGCUUCAGCGGAGAACGUAGCUGGCUUGGAGAGCCUGAUCUUUUCAUGCUCCUGCUGGUGGAAGUCCCCAGUUUUCGCCUACGUUUGGAUGCCAUGAUCCUGCAACAAGAGUUUGACCCUGCUCUGACCUCUCUGUGUGUGGCAGCCAGAUGUCUGAGGGAGGCGGCCAGAGAAUUGCUGAGCUGUCCUGAAUUACACUCCAUCCUCCGUUUGGUGCUUAAAGCAGGGAACUACAUGAAUGCUGGUGGCUACUCGGGGAAUGCGGCUGGAUUCAGAAUUUCAUCAUUGCUUAAACUGGCUGAUACCAAAGCAAACAAACCCGGAAUGAAUUUGCUUCAUUUUGUAGCUAUGGAAGCUGUGAAGAAGGAUCAGAGUUUACUCUCAUUUCCUAGCCAACUGGGCCAUGUUGGCUCCGCCUCCAGGUUGUGCGAGGAGUCUGUGUUGGAGGAUUUAUCAAAGUUAAAAAGCAGAGUACUGGCGCUGAAAACAAAUGUCCUGACGGAGCAAGAGAUUUUGCAACAUACACAGCCUUUCCUAGAGGUGACAGAGGAACGUCUAAAGGAAGCAGAGGAUGAGGUUGAGGGCAUGAGGAUGUCAAGUCGCGCACUGGUGGAUUUUUUCUGUGAGGACGACAGCACGUUUAAACUAGAGGAGGCCUGUAGGGUCUUUGACUCGUUUUGCCAGCGCUUCCAAAAAGCUGUCAAGGAGAAUUCAGAGCGUGAGUUGAAGGAACAGAAACGUCUGGAACGUCAGAGACUGAUCGUGGAAAAGCGUCGCUCUGUAGCAGUCUGUACAGGUCUUGACUUGGGCCUCAGUAUGGCGAGAGAACCUCACAAUCUUGAAAACCAGGAUGAUCUGGAGAGAAUCCUGGAGAAGAACUUGAGCUAUACCUGGAGCCGUCGCAGCCUUAGAAGUUAUGACACGCGUAGGUACUCUCACCAUCUGCCCAGCGACAAAAGCUUCCCAGAGCUAGGGAGCAGCCCGACGCCAGUCAGCUGCCACUCAAACAGCUCGUCCGACCAGGAGACAUCCGCUGUUCUUUGUAGCUCUCCAGAGACAGAUGGCUUUUGUUCUCCUGUUGGUCAAGGAAGUGUUUUAGAUACAGAAAACAGAGGUCAGUUAAACCAGUACCUAGCAAUAGAUGAUCAAAAAUCUCAGGUUGGAUCAUAUUCACAACAUGGUCGUUGUUUCACGGUUGGGUCAGAGAGCAUUCAUCAUCAAAUACAGACAUCAGAAAAGACUGGACUUAUAGAAGAGGAGUCAGUGUCACGUAAGCAGAACGUUAUGAAGAAUACUGAGUUUUCAUCCAACUGCUGCCGGAAUGCUGCUGCUAUGAAUACAGAUACCAAAAGCAAGAACCCCGGUCAUAGACAGAGUUUUGGAAUUCCCUUGACUGACAAGAAUAAUUCUCUUAACAAGCUUAAUAGUUGUCGUAUUGAUGGCUCUGAACCUCCGUCUGCUCACAAGACUGGAAUACUACAAAGUGACAUCUGCGCCACAUCGCUGAGGUAUCGAAGAUCUCAGAAAGAAUCAACUGUUAAUGCAAGGGAUAAAGUAGAGUUGCAGCCAUUAAACAGAGGGAUUAAAGCAAGUGCUACUAUGUCUGGGACUAAUGAAGGUCUGAGGAAGCAGAUCAAAACUGAAGGGUUGUUAACUCCUGCCGAGGCCAAAUGGAUGCCGUCCAGCCUACCAGAGUUCAGCCAGUCACACCCGGAGGAAAACUCGGAUGUGUUGAGUUCUGAGAGGGAACUUGUUAGGUCAUACUCCCGUGUGGGGGAAACUCUAGAGUGUCACACUCUUGUUAAAGGCCUCCGGUCGUAUGACUCUCUGUCACCACCAACAUCCCCACUCCCGCGACCAGGACCGAGUCUAUGCUCUAAGUGGAGAAAAGAAAGGGAUGUCGAUGAGGCAACUCCAGCUUCUCUGUCGUUAAAGGAGGAGAGUCGCGCUUUAAAAGAUCCUGCGCGUAAUAGCAUCAGGGCUAAGAGAGGACCUAGCUUACGGGCAGCACCUGCCAAAACCGCAGCUGUUCCAAGGGUACGCCCAAAAACUGAGGCCACAAAUAGCACCCCAACUGCAUCCCCAAAUCACCCUGCAACCUCACGUUUGUCUUUGCGCCCGUCUCCAAUCACGCGGUCUGCUGCACUUCAUGCAGAUGUAAAAAGAAGUAGCAGCACACGAGAGAGACCACAGAUUGCGAAAGAGCCACAGACUCCUGGGAAGACACCCCUAACUAAUAGGACCUCGGACAGACCAACAACAGACAAAGUCUCAGGCAGACCCCAGUCAGCGUUUGUUAGAGGAAGUCUACUACGAGUGUCCAAACGAGUCGCCCCGAACUCUGAGACGAGACCUGCCAACAAGGCUCUCCCAGCCAACAGUCCGUCUUCUGCUACAGCCAAGACUAUACGUACGGGCGUCCUGCCUACAGCACGGAAUAAAAACACUAAAACCACAAACACGGGCACGUGUCCUACCUCUACACACCCUUCACGAAUUCCUGGACCCAAAAUGCCUCGACCUACUACAGCUCAGCCGAUGUGGAAGUAAAAAAAAUAAUACAUUCAAUGCCUUUUUUCUCAGUAUAUGCAGAACUGGUUAUUUCUGCAUAUAAUCAGUUCCAGUACAUUAGACUUCUAAAUGCAUCUGCGGCUGAUUUAUUUUUGUAUCAUUUGGGACACAUUAAGCCAUGUGUCUCAUGCAAAAGUAAAAAAGUACAAAGUCUUAAACCCUACCUCAUCAAAUAAUUUGUACCCUUUAAAUAAAACAGGAAAUUGUGUUAAAACAAAGAGCCAAAUCGUCACGAUAUGCCUAAUCAGAUUGACUGUGCUCUUGUUUAACUGUACAUCAGUAGCAUUUUAUAUUUUAAACACUGAGCCCUCCGCUAUAAGAAGACCUAGUGUUCUCAUCCUAUCUUGGUACAAAUUUCAUAUACUCAUUGAGCACUUUUAAAAACUGAGCAGGCAGCGAGGAGACUGGCUGUGUUAUUUGUUGUUUUGUAUGAAAAGAAUAUAUAAAUUAAAUGAAUAGCAGUGGCUGAUUUUCACUGUAUAAUGUUGAUUUGUAAAUAAGAUGAAUAAAGAAGACGAUAUGGACAAAGGUGUCUUCCGUUGGUCUGAAUUAAUGUGUUGGUGUUAACUCAGACCAGCAAAUACCAAAACCCCUCCAGUUAUUGCAUAGCUAGCAAUCGGCCAUAGCUUCUUUGUUGGCCUGAUAUAUACAGUGGGGCAAAUAAGUAUUUAGUCAACCACUAAUUGUGCAAGUUCUCCCACUUGAAAAGAUUAGAGAGGCCUGUAAUUGUCAACAUGGGUAAACCUAAACCAUGACAGACAGAAUGUGGGGGAAAAAACCCCCCAGAAACUCAGUUUGAUUUUUAAAUAAUUUAUUUGCAAAUCAUGGUGGAAAAUAAGUAUUUGGUCAAUACCAAAAGUUCAUCUCAAUACUUUGUUAUGUACCCUUUGUUGGCAAUAACGAAGGCCAAACUUUUUCUGUAACUAUUCACAAGCUUUUCGCACACUGUUGUUAGUAUUUUGGCCCAUUCCUCCAUGCAGAUCUCCUCUAGAGCAGUGAUGUUUUGGGGCUGUCGUUGGGCAACACGGACUUUCAACUCCCUCCACAGAUUUUCUAUGGGGUUGAAAUGUGGAGACUGGCUAGGCCACUUCAGGACCUUGAAAUGCUUCUUACGAAGCCACUCCUUUGUUGCCCUGGCUGUGUGUUUGGGAUCAUUGUUCAUGCUGAAAGACCCAGCCACGUCUCACCUUCAAUGCCUUUGCUGAUGGAAGGAGAUUUUCACUCAAACUCUCUCGAUACAUGGCCCCAUUCAUUCUUUCCUUUACACAGAUCAGUCGUCCUGGUCCCUUUGCGGAAAAACGGCCCCAAAGCAUGAUGUUUCCAACCCCAUGCUUCACAGUGGGUAUGGUACAAUUCAGUAUUCUUUUUCCUCCAAACACGAGAACCUGUGUUUCUACCACAAAGUUCUAUUUCGGUUUCAUCUGACCAUAACUCAUUCUCCCAGUCCUCUUCUGGAUCAUCCAAAUGCUCUCCAGCGAACUGCAGACGGGCCUGGGCGUGUACUGGCUUCAGCAGGGGGACACGUCUGGCAGUGCAGGAUUUGAGUCCCUGGCGGCGCAUUGUGUUACUGAUAGAAGCCUUUGUUACUGUGGUCCCAGCUAUCUGUAGUUCAUUCACUAGGUCCCCCUGUGUGGUUCUGGGAUUUUUGCUCACCGUUCUUGUUAUCAUUUUGACGCCACGGGCUGAGAUCUUGCAUGGAGCCCCAGAUCGAAGGAGAUUAUCAGUGGUCUUGUAUGUCUUCCAUUUUCUAAUAAUUGCUCCCACAGUUGAUUUCUUUACACCAAGCGUUUUACCGAUUGCAGAUUCAGUCUUCCCAGCCUGGUGCAGGUCUACAAUGUUGUCUCUGGUGUCCUUCAACAGCUCUUUGGUCUUGGCCAUAGUGGAGUUUCGAGUGUGACUGAGGUUGUGGACAGGUGUCUUUUAUACCGAUAAUGAGUUAAAACAGGUGCCGUUAAUACAGGUAACGAGUGGAGCCUCGUUAGACCUCGUUAGAAGAAUUUAGACCUCUUUGACAGCCAGAAAUCUUGCUUGUUUGUAGGUGACCGAAUACUUAUUUUGCACUCUAAUUUGGAAAUAAAAUCUUUAAAAAUCAAACAAUGUGAGUUUGUUUUUUUUCCCCACAUUCUGUCUCUCAUGGUUGAGGUUUACCCAUGUUGACAGUUACAGGCCUCUCUAAUCUUUUCAAGUAGGACAACUUGCACAACUGGUGGUUGACUAAAUACUUAUUUGUCCCACUGUAUCAGAAACAUGUUCUUGAAACUUGUUGUUGUCUGACAUUUUUGCCACUAAAUGUGCUUCUCAGUCAAAUCUCAACACCGUACCGCUAAUUCUACAGAUUGCUGUUGUCAUGGGGAUGCUGGGGAUUCAGCCAGAACAAGAGGGUGCAAGGGUUGGAACACAGCCUAACUGCGGGUGUUGGGGUCCCAGUGGGAACAGACCACAGUGACGCCAGAGCCUUUUAGGAAAGGCAAUAAAGUAGAGCCCCUUUUUGUUCUUGAAUGUCCGGUUUGUCGCACAGCACUAGCCUCUUAACCUCAGUGUGUAAAGGUGACAUCAUCAGUGGGUCUCCAGUGGUGCAAGACUGAGUGGUCCAAAGUGAUCCCUCUUUUUGUUGCCUUUGUUUGUUCACAAUGGAUUUGAACGCAACAUGAUGCCUCAUGUUCCUUUGUUGUCAAGUUUAUAUGUAUAAAUUGUUUAAGGGUCUGCAUUUGAGAUGAGCAAUAGAAAACAUCUCAUUCAUUCCUCAUAUGAUGAUAAAGGAUCAAGUAACUAUUGUAAAGAACACUUGAUUAUAUUAUAUACAGUGGUAUGAAAAAUAUCUGAACCUCUUCGAAUAUCUCACAUUUCUGCAUAAAAUAUAGACUGUGAUCUUUGCCAAAAUCACACAAAUGUAAAAACAGUGUCUGCUUGAGCUAAAACCACCCUAACAUUUAUAGGUUUUAACAGAAGGGGUGAGGGAAUAAGUGAACCCUCUGCCUAAGGAGACUUAAAGGGAGAUGGAAACCAAUUUUUACCAAACAAUUUGAGGCAGGUGUGUGCCCAAUCACUGAUGAGUGGUUUCAAGCUGCCCUGCCCAUUAUAAAACACACACCUGGUCAGUCAAAAGAGCUGUCUGAAGGCCUGCGAUCAAAGAUUGUUGAUUUGGAUAAAUCUGGGAAAGGAUACAAAACCUCUAAAAGUUUGGGUGUUCAUCAAAUGACAGUAAGAUAAGUUGUCUACAAACGGAGAGAGUUUGGCACUUUUGCUUCUCUCCCAAAGAGUGGCCGUCCAUCAAAGAUGACGCCAAGAGUUCAGUGCAGAACACUCAGAGAGGGUAAAAAAAAAAAAAAAAAAAAAGCCUAGAGUGUCUGCUAAAGACUUACAGAAAUCACUGGCACAGUUCAAUAUCUCAGCAAAAAUCAACAAUAUGUAAAACUAUGGCCAAGAAUGGUGUUCAUGGGAGGACUCCAUGGAGGAAGCCACUUCUGUCUAAAAAAAAAAACAUUGUUGCUUGUUUAAUGUUCGGUAAAAGGCACUUGGACACUCCACAGACGUUUUCGCAAAAUAUUUUGUGGACUGAUGAAACCAAAGUUUAAUUGUUUGGGAGUAACACACCACGUCAUGUGUGGAGGAAAAAUGGAACCGCUCACCAACAUCAACACCUCAUCCCCACCGUGAAGCAUGGUGGAGGGAGCAUCAGGAUUUGGGGCUGUUUACUGCCUCAGGGCCUGGACACCUUGCAAUCAUUAACGGAAGAAUGCAUUUAAAAGUUAAUCAUGAUGUUUUGCAGGAAAACCUGAGGCCGUCUGUCAGACAGUUAAAGCUAAAAAGAAGAUGAAUGCUGCAACAAGACAAUGAUCCAAAACACAGAAGUAAAUCAACUUCUGAUUGAUUUAGAAGUAAAUCAACUGCAGAAUUGUUUCAGAAGAACAAAAUUAACUUUCUGGAGUGGCCAAGUCAAAGUCCAGACUUGAAGCCCACUGAGAUGCUGUGGCAUGAUGUAAAGACAGCGAUUCAUGCUAGACAUCCCAGGAAUCGAACUGAUCUACAGCAGUUUUGUAGAGAAGAAUGUUCCAAGAUUAGUCCUGAUCGAUGUGCCAGACUGAUCUGCAGCUACAGGAAGCAUCUGGUUAAAGUUACUCCUGCAAUGGGGGGCUACAAAAUAUUAAAAGUGAUGGUUCACUUACUUAUUUUCCCCCUUCUGUCAUUGUUUGCAUAUUAUCCUCAUUUAAAUAUGAAAAACUAUAAAUGUUUGGGUGGUUUUAGUUGAAGCAGACACUGUUUUUUCAUCGGUGUGGUUUUGGCGAAGAUCAGAUCACAUUUCAUGGUGACUUUAUGCAGGAAUAUGAGAAAUUCCAAAAGGUUCAGAUACUUUUCAUUCCACUGUCUCUAAUAGUUCAUUUUGAUUAUGAAUAAAAAAUCAGAAAGAUACACUAUAAUCAUUUUGACAUAAAUGUUCAGUUUAUUUAAUAUUAUUUCAAGAAUUAAAUGAUUUACAUAAUUAUGUUACAUUACCAUUUACCCAUGUACAAUAAAUCUUCCUUUGUCCAUACCGCUUAUCUUGUUCAGGAGCCCACACCCUUCAACUAAUCACCACUCAAUCACAUGGUACAUGUGGGAACAGACAACCAUUCAGUCUUGCAAUCACCCUUUUGCGGAAAUGAACCCACACUGCCUGAAAUGAAAUUAGUGAAUGUACUACAUCGCAGGAGUCAAACUCAAGGUUUGGGACUGAUCUGGCAGGCCUUAUCAUUUUAUAUGUCCUGAGAAAGCAAAUCAUAUGUCAUCUUCCGUGAUUCAUAACAUUGAGAUAUUGCAUUUUUUUAAAUCAUUUUUCUACCAACCCUAUUUUUGCAGUAACUUCAACAAGCUCCUUGGCUUCUGAUUACAUCACUAGUUAUCCAUCGAGUUGUUGUGUACAUGGAAUACAAAGUACUGUAUAUUAAUGAUUUCACGGUGCCUAGAGAAACCCUAACCACAUUGCGGCCUGGGGCAAAAAUAAGUACUUCGACACGCCUGCACUAGACCAUCAGUCACAUUUAAAUCAUUUAUUCAAUCAAAGACAUGGGAACAAAAAUACAAAUGUUUUUUUAAUUAUCCCAUUUCUAGAAAAACUGGCUAAAUCCGUUAAACGACGAAAGCCUGCAAACACUUUGCUGAAGACAUGUCAACACAGCACAUGGAUUACUGGAACCAUGUCCUAUGGUCUGAUGAGACGGGCGGGCUUUCUUGUGUACCGUCUUAAGAAGGGCUUCCUCCUGGGGUGACAGCCAUGCACACCACUUUUAUGUAGAGUGUGACGUAUGGUCUGAGCACUAACAGGCUGACCCCCCACCUCUUCAACCUCUGCAGCAAUGCUGACAGCACUCCUGUAACGAGUCACAUGACAUUUUGGAGGGAAAAUGAUGAGCAGUACUCCAAUUUGGACAUUUAGGGAUUUACGUUUUUUCAAAGGGGUAUAGCCUACUCACUUUUGUUCCCAGGAUUUUAGAUAUUAAUGGCUCUAUUUAAAGUUAUUUCAAGGAGAAAAUAAAUUAGCUCUAUUAUAUAAGCUGCACACAGACUAUUCAUUGUGUCGAAGUGUCAUUUUGUCAGUGUUGUGACACCAGUGUUGUUAAUUUUACUUUAAAAAAGUAAUUAAUUACAGUUAGAAAUUACUUCUCCCAAAAAGUAAUUGCGUUAGUAACUCAGUUACCUGAAUGUAAGAGUAAUUAGUUACUUGGCAAAGUAACUAGUGAUAAUUUUUUUUUCUCAGAAAAAAAAAAAAAAAACUGGUCACGCAAUGUGAAGUUUAAAGGGUUUGGGUGACAAUUGGCCCUAGCCCAAUUCUUUACACUCCACUUAACUACCGGUAGACACAAGGGUAUUGCGAUAACUAGAUAGUAACCUUUGCUAUGUGUGGAAGUCAUUUAAAGUUGUGAAUCAACCGUCAAAGUUGUUAAAAUUGCUCCCGUUAUUGCAUUAGUUCCCUUCUGUCUACUUUAAACAUGUGUAAGUUUUAAAACUGUUUAAUCAUUUAAAGAUAGAUUUAAGUUAAGAUUUUGCCGAUUUAGGAGCAUUUUAGAUUAAAAAAAAAAAAAAAAAAAAAAAGUUACUUGGGUUCGCUGUAAAGGAUCUCUACAUUAGAGCCUUCCUGAGAGGUCUACUGCUUUAAGAUGGCGGCUGUUUACUAACGCAUGUAGUCCUUAAAACAUGUUGCCAAUGCAGCUGUGGCUGUAAAUUGCAUCUAGUUCUAUAAUAUGAUAUCUACCUUGUCAUGUGGGCGUAGUUUGUCGGCUAUGGCUACUGUCAGGUAUUAUUGGAGACACCUAGCAUCGCGGUUGCAACGGCGUCUUCCCCACUCCUGCUCUGCUCUCUUGUCUCCGUGAGUCCGUUUCUCUCAGACUUUUUUUUUAAUUCAACCAACUUAGUAACGCAUAGUAACGCACGACUUUCC